UUUAGUUUUAAGAACUGAAACUAAAUAGGCCUAACUGUUUCUAUUUUAAUUUCAAAACGAUUUCGGCUUUCAUCCAUUGUUUUUCACUACUACGUCUUCGUUAAUUAAAUUUUGUACAAACAAUCAUAGCUAUGUAUGUUGACUUUAACAUAGUUCAUUUGGGCUAAGCUUUCACGAUGAAAAUAACCGUUAGUGCAGUUUUCUUGAUGUAUUUAAUAAAUGCCUAUGUUGGCAGGAGCAAUGGAUAUGGAUACUAUUCAUCAGGUGGCAGAACCAUCGUCAAAUACAACAACAACAUAUAUCCUAACAGAGACAUACCAGAAUUGGCCCAUAUGUACUGCUCCUACUGCCAAGCCAAGGGUUGGAUGGUUUGCGUAGAGCGGUUCUGUGAAUCUAGAUUCAUCCCAUUCACUAGUUAUGUUUAUGGUUCUAGAGCUGACCUGGCACUAUUGCAACAAACAGUGAUCGAUAUCUGCACUUAUUGCCGGACCUCUAAGAUCUGGGACUGCGUAUACCUCUUCUGCUAUGGCAUACCCAUGCAUGUCCGGCAUUAUACUACCAACACACACAGCACGCACAGUGGACGCCAUUCACAGUCCUAUUAUGGUCAUCUGGCUGGUUGACCACUUACAAAUUUGUAUAACUGAUAACAUUUUACCCGAAAGCAAGAAAACCAAAACAGGACAAAGACAAAAUUCGUUAACGCAUUGUUACCAUAGGUGUGUAUUUAAUAUAAAGAACAAUCGAAACUUUUAUUCAGAAAAAGUUUAUUAUUCGUUGAACUUAGCUCAUGGCAUUCUCAUAAAAAUUAUGCAUACAACUAGUAAAGAAAUCUGUCACAAAUUAAGUUGCAGUGGAAUCCCGUCCUUUUCUAUGUAGAGUCCACCCCUCCAAAAAAUGGUAAUGUAUUAAGUCAACCGCAUCUGAAUAGCAUCGGCUAA